UGAAGAAGGCGUUCUCCAAUAAGUGCCGCGCGGCGGUUGGUGGCGGCUGUUCAUCAUGGAGCGGGUUGGGACGGUUCCUCCGGAAGAGCAGAGGAGACGGCUCCAGGACUAUGUUGCAGCCAGAGGAAAGCCAAAAUGCCCGAGCGCAAAACCCUUUUUAAAGGACCAGACAAAUCACCUGAAUCCUCCCUUAGAACCAGUGUCUAAACUGCAGCAUGUCGACAGGAACAAGAAGGAUGUUCCUGGAAACAAGGGGAAGGGUGAUGGUGAAGUUGGUGCCAAACCCAAGUGGCAUGCUGGCCAUGCUGCACAGAAGUCUUCAAGCACGUCCCAGAGAGCAGUGGUGGCACAUCCAGAGCAGCCAAGGAAGAGUGCAAAGCUUCCCGUGAGCCACCCUGCACAGAACAGAGUGAGGCUCCCAGCUGCAAACUGUGGUCACCUAAAUCCAGAAAGGACCAAGAAGCCUGCACAGGAGACUGACCCCACUGCAGCACCUCUGACUGGAAGGGGCCACCCCUCUCCUGGGACAGCUUGCUCUCCAAAUGAGGGUCUGGAGGACAGGCUGGUGUGCAACAAAGAAAACGAGUGUGCACAGGCCUCCACACACUUGGCUCACAGGCAAAGCUCAGCCAUAAAGCCAAGAGCAGUCACGGGCCCAAAGGACAGAAUGAAUAGCUGCCAGGUUAAGGAAGAGCCAUUUGAGGAUAAAUUCAGGAAAACCCUGCUAGGCUCAAAGAGCAUGUCUCAAAACCCAAGUACCAAAACUCGGCCGUUGCAGUUCCCUUGGCCACUCACUGCAUCUACUCAUUUGCUACCUAAAGGAAGGCAGCCCACAGAGAAGCCGCCGCGCUGCACGUUUCCAGUGGGAAGUCUUGAGCACCAGAGUAGACCCCCUCAGAUGAAAAGAUCUCCCACAAAGCCUCCGGCCUCUGGCAGGCCCCAAGGCUCCACAAACCUGAACACCAGCCUGAAGCCAGGUGGCACUGUGCCGUGGCAAAGGUCCCUGGCUAAAGGGGAGGUGGAUAGGAGGGGCAUGAAGGUGGUGCCUCCCAGAUGUGCAGCAGCAUCCCAAGUGACAGCCCCCCAAAACCAGCCUUGCAGCACACAGGGCUCCAAAACUCAAGCAACUGAAGGCAAUUUUAGGAGGAGAGAGUUGCCAGAGGCAAGUGGCAUACAGGCAAGGCGUGUUCCCAAGAACGUGUCAGCAGCAGAUCGCAAGAAACAGCUGGAAGAGUGGUUGGCAUCCAAAGGCAAGACGUACAAACGGCCACCUAUGAUGCUGCUCCAGAAAAAGGCAGUGAAGCUGCCCUGCAGAAAUGUCAAGGAGAAAGAAAAGCAGGAGGAACUGGAGAAGCAUUGCUUGGAGAAGAUCAACGAUGUAUUAACUGAGUGCUUGAAGCUCAUUGAGGAGGGUGUUGAGACCGAGGAGGUCUUGGAGGUGCUGUCUCAUGUGCCCCAGGCAGAGAAAUUUGCCAACUUCUGGAUCUGCAAAGCGAAACUGCUCGCCCGGAGCGGCCCCUUUGAUGCGGCAGGGCUGUACAGAGCUGCGGUCUGUGCUGGCGCUGUGCCGCUGCAGGAGCUCAGAGAAGUUGUCCUUAAUAUCCUGAAGACUGCAGACCAAAUGCCAGAAGGGGAAAAGUCACAGCCAAGUCCUGAGGAGCCCAAGAGCCCAAGCAAGAGGCAGCACGUGGCAGUGACUCCCUGCCUGCCAGGCAGGUCCCUGACCAGCCUGCCUGCUUCAAUCAAGUUACAGGUUACCUCUGUACCCAGAGUAAAGGAGCUGCUGCAAGGCCCAGAGCUGAAAUUCCUGACACCUGUGCGACGCUCAGCGCGCAUAGAGCGGGUUGGGAGCUGCUACCCGGAGCUGCUGAGGGACCAUGACCCUGUGGUGUCGUCCCUCAGUGAAAUCCUGGAUGCGGAGGAGGAGACCCAGUUCUUCUUCCGGAAAAACAAGGCUUUGCCGGAGGUGGCGGAGCUGGAGGGGCUGAGUUUGUACCCCCCUGAGAGCUGCUGAGGGCUUCCCAGCAGGGUGCAGGCUUUUUGCUGCCCUGCACUUCACAGACUCCUCUUGUUGCCUGUCAACUGUAAAUAUGUAUGUGUUGUACAUGAUAAGCCUGUUUUAAAUAUAUAAGCACUGUUCUAAAUAAACUCUCUGUGUGGA